CUCUUCUUCCAGUUCCCAAUGUCCCAAAAUCCUACUAAUGUCAUAGAGUAAAAGCAUAUUACGUGAUACGCAUGCGCAAAAAUAAGUGAAAGUAGUAGAGUUACGUGAAACAUAAAACUUUAAUCAACACGAUUCUGAAGUAUAACUAAUAGCAUUUGUGAUUACACUUUGUAUAAUCAUUUGUGAUAUCUAUUAGGUAUCAAGAAACGAAUAAAUGGAAGGGACAGAAGAAAAGUUUCCUGCUCAGUGGGCACUUGACCUUCUUGAACCUACAGCUUUGGAUCGAUCCAAUCAUAUUUUUAAAUAUUAUAUAGUACCAUUUAGUACGGUUUCGUUCCCUCUUGCAAUAGUAUUUAAAAAUUUGAUUGGAAAAAAACCCGCAACAGCCAAUAAGCCAUACAUAGUAUUGGCAUCCAUAAUUGGUUUUCUUGCCGGUUGUGGUCUUCAUUGGGCAGCUGAUUUAAGAUUUGCAAGAAGGGACGCGAUAAUGAGAGAUUAUAUAAUGCAUCAUCCAGAACGUUUUCCUGAACCAGGAAAAAAUAAGGAAAAAUUGGAUCGUAUAAGAGUGGUCUUUAAAGUGAGAAGAUUAGAAGCACUCACGAUAUAGUCUCAGUAGCAAUUUCAUGUCCAUCGUGUGCUAAACUUUGUACCAUAUUGUAAUUACAAUAUUCAUGAGAGAUAAAGAAUGUUCCUUUCAAAGGACAGUUGUUUGGAUUUAAUCGAUUAGUGGCAAAUAUUUUUUGAUAAUGAUCAAAGUUAUUGUGAUUAAUUGCUCCAUCGAAUGUCAUUAUUAUCAUUUGUGGUGUCUGAAAUUUAGGGAAACUAUGUGAAAGGUAUUGUUGAAAGUAAUUUUAAUAAAUAGUAACAAAUAAAGAGUA